CGGAGGUGAUGGAUGGAAGGAGGCAUUCUGUUGAUGUUCCUAUCUCGAGAGCAUUAGUAGCACUUAGGAGAGUGAGAUCUCUUAGAGAUCCAUCAACCAAUUCACUGAGCAAGUUUUCUCCUUUGGUGGAGAAUCUGAACUGGGAAACGAAUUCAAACAAUGCAAUUACUUUGGGUUUUGAAAAUAAGACAAAGGAAUUUGUCAAUGUUGAAACAGGCAUGUUUGAUAUUGAAGACCGGAGGCUAGAUGAUGAAAGGGAUCGCCAUGGAAAUGGUCAACAGCUGUACUACUCAAGAAAAUCUAAUGCCGAGUUAGGCUCUGCCCCUUUCAGGAAUAUGCAUGUUGAAGGAUCUACUAUAGGUCAACCAAGCCUGGAGAUGUUAUGUGCAAACAAAUCACUAAGUGAGAGAUAUUGCAGCAAUCACAGGGACAAAGGAUUGGAGUUGGCUUGUGUAGCAUCUUCCACCGACUGUUUGGAGGGGGUGGGAUCAUGUAAUGAACCAAAUGAAGGAUCAAUACAUGAUGAAAAGCUUUAUCGUAAUAGAUAUAGUAAAAAAUACCAAAAUAGGAAGCAAAGUAGAUCAUGUAGAUCAGCAGCGGGUGAUGUCCUGAGUCGUGUUGGCAGUCCUUCCUUAUCCAUGAGUGAUGCUCUGCUUGGAGGAUCAAGCUGUGGAAUAUCUUUGAAUGGAGAUGAGGAUGCUGAUGCUUUGGAUUCUAGGCAAUGUGGAUGUGGUAUAGGCCAUUGUUGGUCAAGACCACCUAGGCUUAGAGAGUCAAAUCAUCAUCUUGAUGCAGAAGACCAACCUUUUUUACCAGCUGGUGCAGGGGAGGCACACACUUCUGAAUGGAGAAGGGGAUGCAACCACAUGAACAAUGGAGUUACUUUAUAUUCAGAAAGUCCUCGAAGUCUUAGUCAAAAGUUCAGGCCAAAAUCAUUUAGUGACUUGGUGGGCCAAAAUCUGGUGGCGAGGUCUCUUCUAAGUUCAAUCUCAAAUGGGAGGAUAAGUUCCUUUUAUCUCUUUCAUGGUCCCUGUGGUACUGGUAAAACAUCUGCUGCUAGGAUUUUUGCUGCUGCAUUGAAUUGUCUUUCACCUGAUACUGCCAAACCUUGUGGUCAUUGUCGAGAAUGUUUCCUAUUCUUCUCUGGAAAGGGAAGCAAUGUCAAGGAAGUGGAUUCUCUGAAAGUCAAUAAAACACAAAGGAUUAGAGCAAUCAUUAAGAAUGCUGAGAAUUCUCUGUCAUCUUCACCUUUCAAGGUUUUGAUAAUUGAUGAGUGCCACUUAUUGCGAGAGGAUACAUGGGCAACAUUUUUGAACAAUCUUGAGGACAUUUCUUGCCGUGUUGUCUUCAUAAUGGUAACUCCUGACCUUCAUAAGUUGCCCCGUAGUGCAGUAUCACGGUCUCAAAGAUACCAUUUUCCAAAAAUAAAACAAGCCGAUAUUGCCAGUCGAUUGGGAAAAAUUUGUCUGGAAGAAGGAUUUGACUUUGACCAAGAUGCUUUGGACUACAUUGCCACUAAAUCAAAUGGCUCACUACGAGAUGCUGAGAUGAUGCUUGAGCAGUUGAGUUUGAUUGGGAAAAAGAUUACGAUGACCCUGGUCUAUGAAUUGAUGGGAGUUGUUUCUGAUGACGAAUUGUUUGAUUUACUGCAUCUAGCACUAUCGUCUAAUACUCCUGAAACAGUUAAAAGGGCCAGAGAGCUAAUGAGAUCAAGGAUAGAUCCCUUGCAUCUCGUCUCACAACUAGCAAAUAUCAUAAUGGAUGGUCUUGCUGGAAAAUGUCAAGAAGAAGCCUCCGAAAUCCCAAGAAGGCUUUUUGGAAGAAGUACUUCUGAAGCUGACAUGCAGCAAUUAAGUCAUGCUCUUAAAAUACUUUCUGAAACUGAAAAGCAACUGAGGAUGUCAAAGAACCAGACUACUUGGCUUACUGUAGCUCUUCUUCAGUUAAGUUCUGUGGGGUCUUCACUGGAUUCUAAUGAAUCGAGGUUGUGCAUAAAAACCAUGCAGCCAAGAGAUGGUGAUUUUUGCAGCACCUCAUCCACUACUGAGAGUUUGAAGCAUCUUGUAACCUGUGCACGCGACAGCAGCGAGUCUUGCAAGAUGGGGAUGCAGGGCCGUGAGCAGACUUUAGAAUCUGUAUGGAAGACAGCUGCUGGUAUAUGUGAAUCUAGUUCAUUGAAGAGCUUCCUGCAGAAAAGGGGGAAGUUAUUGUCUAUUAAUCUUAGACAAGGUCUAGCUGUAGCUGAAUUGGGGUUUUACCAUUCAAAAUAUGUGUCAAAAGCUGAGAAGAAAUGGAAAGUCAUAGCAGGUGCACUUCAGAAUGCUCUGGGCUAUAAUGUUGAAAUAAGAAUCAAUCUUAUUCUGGAUUCUGCUGGAAAAGAACACGCCAAAGUGAAGAAGCGAUAUUUCAGCUUUUCAAGUUGUUCCAGGAGGUUGCAUCAUAGGUCACAAUCCACCACGGAGUGUGAAAGCAACCCAUCAGAGAAAUUGGAUUCCAUUUCUACAAAACCCUUAACAGUGGAUAAGUAUGUCGAAACGGGUUCCUCUGAAAGUGGUUCUCAUAAUUCACAUGCCUGUUGUAUUGGAAAAGAGCUGGUGAGAACUAUAAGAAAUACUGAUGGAAAUGCACUAAGUAUUGCUUUGAUGACACCAAAACAUCAACUGGGAGCUGAUAAGUAUCGAAACUGUGGGUGCCAAGAUCUAUUUGCCCCAGAACAAGGGAAACAACCUGGCUGCUUUCCUAGAACACUGAAGUUUCAAAAGGCAAAUGCCUCAAAUACUUCUGAGACAAUUUUCUGGAGGACCUGUUUGGAAAAUAACCUGGCAUCAGCAGUUCCUCAUCCUGUAACUCAGACGCAUUUCUGUCCAAGCGAUCCAGUUGUUUCUUGCUGCAGAUCAGUCAAUCUCAAUAACAGCUGCAGAAAUCAUGUUCGGCUUGGCAGUUAAAAGAUCAACAUCAAAGUAAACACCAAAAGAAUGGAUUGUGCCUUGCUGCUGAUGAAUAUGUAUCGAUCGGUAGCAUAGCAGGGAUGGUAAAAGCAUACCAGUAGAACAUUGAAUUUGCUUCAUAGAAUAUCAAAUUUGCUGACUUCGCAAUUAGAUAGCAAAACUAUCUAACUUCAUGACUUUGCCUCUUGUUAGUGCUAACCUAGCUUGCUUGGUGUUGAUAAGUCUUGAUAGUUGAAGGAAGAGAUCCACAUCAGUUGCUCGAGUCUCCGGUCCAAGGUCAUCAGCUAGAUUUUAGUUUACAGCUAAUAUUAUUGUUGCCAACUCCAUAUCUGGUGCUGUAACCGUGGCUUUAAGGGCCUUUAUGUAUGAAAAAUUCAUAACUA